GUUCUGUUUGGAGUCCCUGCGGGUUUGACAGCAGUUCACACGCCCUCAUGUGAGCUCUCAAAUAGGGACUUCUCUUCCCCUGUAGACACCACCCACCUGACAGACAGCGUGCAUUCACAGGUGAAGUUCAGUGAAGGAGGAUCUGCUCUGCCGUGGGUGAAGGAACAGCUCGGACUCGGAUCGCGUUCAACAUUAUCCUGCAGUCUAAUAACUUGUGAAGACACGCUUUUUAAAGAGUAAAAUCGGUAUCGGCGAUAUAUGCUUAAAAGAUGUGACCAAUUUUGUACGGUUAACAUUUUUUUUAUUUUAUAAUGAAGUGUUAUUUUAAAUAGAUGCAAUUUUAUAUCAAGUGAUUAACAGGUUCAUGAGAUAUAAACAUGCAGCCUUAAAGCGUUGGCGUUUGUACUCUCUGAAGCGGGUUAGCCUACUUAUAUUUUUUCAUACCUGACUAAGCUGAAAUGGACGGGAUUACUCCUUGAAAGAUCCAUCGAAGAGCAGCGGAAGAUGGGAAAAUGGCAACUGACUAUGGACCCUGUUCAGGAGUGGGGUGAGGAGUUUGAGGAUGGUGCCAUCUAUGGGAUCACCCUGCGCAGGGAGCCGGUUCAGCCUGCAGCAGACACCAGCACGGCAAUGUCCUCCAAUAGUUUUGUCCAGUACCGGACGUGUAAGGUGCGCAGGCUGAAGGCGGCCACUCUGGACCGGCUGGUGUCCCAGCUUCUAGACCCGUGCUCACAGGAGCAGGACUACAGCCGUAUCUUUCUGUCCACCUACCGCACCUUCACCAGCACCAGCACACUCAUUGAGCUGCUCUUCAGUAGAGACAACCUCAGCUCUGAAGCUGACCUCAUGAGGUGUCAGAAGAGCGGUCCUCUGGAGGCCUUGGUGCAGACAUGGUUGGAAGAGCACAGUGAUGACCUUUGGGACCCUCCCCAGCACCCGUCUCUCCGCUUCCUCUCUCUCCACCUGAGGCAGCAUGCCUCCCUGUGCUCUUUAGCUCAGCGUUCUGAAGCGCUGCUUAAGAGUUUCCAGAGUCGAGUAAACAUAAACAACGGGAAAGCUGGUCUAGUUGAGGAGCCAGAUGUGGAUAAAGAUGAACUAGAGCCAGACAGACCAUUGGCUCAUCAAAACUUUAUGGAGUUCUCUGUGUUGGGCAUUGCUGAGCAACUCGCCAGGCUAGACUCUGAGCUGUUUGUGAAGGUGCAUCCAUUCCAGUGUUUGGGCUGUGUCUGGUCUCAGCGUGACAAAGAGAACCUCUCACCCACCAUCCGUGCCACCAUUGCUCAGUUCAAUGCGGUCACCAACCAGGUCAUCUCCUCCAUCCUCUGCCAAGCAGCCAGCUCCAGCCCGAGCCCGGCCUCCACGCGAUGCCCCAGCCAACCCCAUGUCCAGAGGGCAAAGGUUAUAGAGAAAUGGAUAAAGGUGGCACAGGAGUGUAAGCAGCUGAAGAAUUUCUCCUCUUUAAAAGCAAUUCUGUCAGCCCUACAGUCAAAUCCCAUCUACAGACUAAGAAAGACCUGGUCUGCUGUUAGUAGGGAGAGCGUGGCCAUGUUUGAGAGCCUGUGUGAGACGCUACCAGAUGAGAACUGUGUGUUGACCAGCAGGGAGAUCUUCACAGAGGAUGGAAGUCAACAAGCUAUGGAGAACAUUUCUCCCAAUAUGUUGAAAAGAUGCACCAUCUCAAGACAAAUGAGUGUCACUAAUGGAGUUGUUCCAUACCUUGGCACGUAUCUAACUGUUCUCACGAUGCUGGACACUGCCUUGACAGACACUUUGGAGGGGGGCCUAAUAAACUUUGAGAAGAGGAGACGGGAAUACGAGAUUCUCUCUCAGAUCCGCCAAAUGCAGGCUUCCUGCUCUCAGUACAGUUUGCCUCAUCACCCCCAAAUUGCUGCCUGGCUCCAGGACCAGAGGCUACUCGCAGACCAGGAAAGCUAUGAGCUUUCCCGUCAGUUGGAGCCUCCUGUGGAUACUUGUCCCCCAACCUCCAGUUCCUGGAGUCACCGAACCCUCACCAAGAAACUGUCUUCCCUUCUGAUGAGUGAUGGAUCCAAAAAGAUGUACGCAGAUCAGAUCAGUGUCUCCUCCUCUGGUUCCAGUGGCUCCGAAAUGGAAGACCUCUCAAACUCCUCUCCACUUCAACUAGAGUCACUCUCCAGGUCCUGCCAAAACAUGUCUGACUCCUUCCCAUCCACUGCAUCCUUGGACACCAGCAGUGCCUCUGGUUCCUCUACCUCCAGCUCGCAGCCAGACCUCUCGGGUCUCCCUCCCAUCCCAUUCUCUCCAGCUCCACCCAAGAGUACUUUGUCCUCCACACACAAACGAUCUGUGUCUAUGACAUCGCUGCCCGUGUACAACCGGCAGGUGGCCGACUCCUGCAUAAUCCGCGUCAGCAUUGCAGGCGGCGAGAGCAGCAAUGGCAACAUGUACAAAAGUAUUCUGCUCACCAGUCAGGACAAGACAAGGCAGGUGAUUCAAAGAGCCUUAGAAAAACACAACCUUGAGACCAUGAGGAGCCACGACUUCACCCUGUGUCAGGUUCUUUCAGAAGGCAGAGAGCUUCUCAUCCCAGACAAAGCCAAUGUCUUCUAUGCCAUGUGCACAUCUGCCAACUAUGACUUUGUUCUACGCCACUGCCCAAAAGGAUACCACAGGCCCCCACUCAGUGCAUCUGGUCUUGGUUCACUAACUAGAGGACAGAAGUAACAGCGCCAUCCAGAGGCUGGAUUUCAUGCAAUGUCCAAAUGGAUGCAGUCAAGCUUUUGCAUUGUUUGGCAAACUGUUAGCUAUAUUUUUUUAUAUUGUACAUUUUAUGUAAAAAAAAUAAUUUAAAUGGACUUUAUAAUGAGUAAGUUACUUGAUAUUUUUGUUAAGACUUUACUUCGAAAGCACUUUGAGAUGGAUCAUUGCAUUAACACUGUGACUGAACACAUGUCAAGUAGAGGCCAAGGAGUUUUUUUUUUUUUUUUUUUUUUGUCUUUUCCUGGCAGCAUGAGUAUCACAUGUUACUGUAAAGACCGGCCAGCCACUUUAUUCAUGAAGCAAAUGAUCUUUUAUGAACUGUACUAGCCUGUGAACACCCUCCAACCCCUCAAUACACACACACAGUUUAGUGCAAUGUGGCUGUUUCAAGUCCUAAUAAAAGUGGUGUAAUUUGAUAUUAUAAUACA